UACAUGUUUUCCAAGAUGGCUUCUAGUUUUGGAUUAUAGAGACUGGGCAAGCGUGACAAGGAUGUUAUCUGUGGAUAUUAAUCGAUCAAAAUGUACAGCCAUGAGGAAGUGAAGUUUGACAGAAACGUAAACGAAGAUAUUUUGUACAGGUAGAAAGGCCUGAAAAUGUGGCCGAGGAAGGAGAAGCCUGUAGAACUGGAGAGGCAUAUCAGGGCCAAUGAUCCAGAACACAAUAAGCAGUAUAUGUAUGCAAAUAAUUACAUACGAACCACGAAGUACAACAUGUUUACCUUCCUGCCUAAGAACAUGUUCGAGCAAUUCCAACGAUUGGCCAAUGCCUAUUUCUUGUGCCUACUUAUUCUGCAGGUAAUUCCGGCCAUCUCCUCACUGCCUUGGUAUACAACACUUGUACCUCUAGCUUUUGUGUUAGGGAUCACGGCAGUAAAAGAUGCGGUUGAUGACUUUAGACGUCAUCGAAGUGAUGGACAGGUCAACAAUCGGCUUUCCUUUGUACUUCGGGAUGGGAAACUGGUGGAGGAACGCUGGCACAAAGUUGUUGUCGGGGAUAUCAUCAAGAUGGAAAAUAACCAAUUUGUGGCAGCGGACCUUCUCCUUUUGUCGACCAGCGAGCCCCAUAGUUUGUGUUAUAUAGAGACUGCUGAACUUGAUGGAGAGACGAAUCUCAAGGUGAGACAAGCUCUUCCAGAAACUGCUGAACUAGAAAAUGAUAUAAAAAAGUUAACAGAAUUUAAUGCGGAAAUCGUGUGUGAAGCACCGAAUAACAAACUGAGUAAAUACGAAGGAACGAUGAAAUGGAACAACAACACGUACUCUUUGGACAAUGAUAAAAUGCUACUCCGUGGUUGUGUGCUCCGAAAUACACAAUGGUGCUAUGGCUUGGUGAUUUUUGCCGGUCAGGACUCCAAAUUGAUGAUGAACAGCGGAAAGUCUAUCUUUAAAAGAACACACAUUGAUCGUCUUUUAAAUAUCCUCAUCAUAGGUAUUUUUAUAUUUCUACUGUCAUUGUGUCUCGCCAUGACGAUAGCCUGUGGUAUAUGGGAGACGUACACAGGUCAACAUUUCCAGGCUUAUCUCCCCUGGGAGACCUUCGUUCCCGGCUCGCCUUCCAAGGAUGGAACUGUUGCUGAAGGCGCCACUGUUAUUUCUAUGCUUGUGUUCUUUUCAUACAUCAUCAUAUUUAAUACUGUUGUGCCCAUCUCUUUGUAUGUCAGUGUGGAGAUAUUCCGUCUGGCUAAUAGUUUCUGGAUUAACUGGGAUGUGAAGAUGUAUUAUAAGAAAGUGGACACACCUGCCAAGGCCAGGACUACAACACUUAACGAGGAACUGGGUCAGAUAGAGUACAUCUUCUCCGAUAAAACUGGGACACUAACACAGAAUAUAAUGACAUUCAACAAGUGUUCUAUAGACGGUAAAUCCUAUGGUGAUGCGUAUGACGAGUUCGGGAACGCUGUUGAAGUCAUGGAACAUACACCAAAAGUCGAUUUUUCUGACAACCCAUACUUUGAGCCGAGUUUUGAGUUCUACGACUCGCAGCUGUUAACAGCUAUUCGUAAUGGCCCGAAUGGAAACCCACGGGCCUAUAGGUUUUUUUACAUCCUGGCCCUCUGUCACACUGUCAUGCCGGAGGUUAAAGAUGGUAACCUUGAAUACCAGGCCCAGUCACCUGAUGAAGGAGCUUUGGUUGGUGCUGCUAGGAACUUUGGCUUUGUGUUCAAGUCCAGGACACCACAAACCAUCACUAUUGAAGUGAUGGGAAAGGAAGAAGUGUAUGAACUGUUGUGUAUUCUCGACUUUAACAAUGUCCGGAAAAGGAUGUCUGUAAUUGUCAAAAAAGAUGGAAAGAUCAAGCUCCUUUGUAAAGGUGCAGAUUCUGUGAUCUACGAGAGACUGGACUCCAGCUGUGAUAAUGCCAAAGAGUUAUGUACUCAUCAUCUAAAUGAAUUUGCUCAGGAUGGCCUACGGACACUAUGUCUGGCUGAAAAAGAAAUCCCCCAAAAUGUUUGGGAGAGUUGGAAAAAGAAACACCAUGAAGCCAGUACAUCUUUACAAGAUCGAGAGGAAAAGGUGGAUAAUGCUUACGAAGAAAUUGAACAAAAUCUGAUUCUCAUUGGAGCUUCAGCCAUCGAAGACAAAUUACAAGAUGGUGUUCCUGAUGCCAUUGCAAAUCUGGCAGAUGCUGGGAUCAAAAUCUGGGUACUUACUGGAGACAAACAAGAAACUGCUAUCAAUAUCGGCUAUUCCUGUCGACUGCUGACUGACGAAAUGGAAAAUAUUUUUGUGAUAGAUGCUGAAUCUUUCGAGGAAGUCAGAAAACAAAUGUCUGAUGCCUUAGAUGAAGUGAAGAAGAUUAAUCGUGAAAAGAGAGAAGCUUCAGAAACUAGUAAUGUGCGAAUUGCAAAUGGUGGUGAACAGUUUUACAAUGGUGGUAUGCAAAAUGCCGUGACGGAAGAUGACAUAUGUAACGAAUUCGCACUUGUUGUCAAUGGUCACAGCUUGAUCCAAGCUCUCAAGCCAGAGAUGGAACAAUUACUACUGGAGCUAGGCUGUUCCUGUAAGGCUGUGAUCUGCUGCCGCGUAACUCCGCUACAAAAGGCACUAGUCGUUGACCUUAUCAAACGAAACAAGAAAUCUGUCACCCUGGCCAUUGGUGAUGGUGCUAAUGAUGUUAGCAUGAUAAAAACGGCACACAUUGGUGUCGGUAUCAGUGGACAGGAGGGAUUACAGGCCGUCCUGGCUAGCGAUUAUUCCAUCUCUCAGUUCCGAUACCUCGAGCGCCUUCUCCUCGUACACGGACGCUGGUCUUACUUCAGAAUGAGCAAGUUCCUCAGAUAUUUUUUCUACAAGAAUUUUGCAUUCACAUUGUGUCAUUUGUGGUUUGCCAUCUUUUGUGGUUUUUCUGCCCAGACUCUGUUUGAUCCAUAUUUCAUUUCCUUCUACAACUUAUUUUAUACCUCAAUGCCAUGUCUCUUCAUGGCUGCAUUCGACCAGGAUGUCAAUGACAGUUAUUCACUGCGGUACCCUAAGCUCUAUACUCCCGGCCUAACCGACAUGCUCUUCAAUAAGAAGGUUUUCCUGUUAGGGGUCUCCGAGGGGUUCAUAACAUCUCUCAUACUCUUCUUCAUCCCAUACGGGGUCUUCCACUGGGCUACCAACCCCUGGGGCACUGACCUCAUUGACCAUCAGUCGUUUGGAGUCGUGGUUGCGUCCAUUCUUGUAGUCGCAGUAAACCUACGGUGUGCGCUGGACACGUCGUACUGGACAGGUUUUAACCAUUUUGUGAUAUGGGGGAGUAUGAUCCUUUAUUUCUGUUUUAUCCUGACCAUGUAUUCCAGCGUGUUUAACUACACGUACAUGGGAACUGCCUACCAGGUUUACUCUACAGCAAACUUCUGGCUUUGUCUUCUCCUCACCAUCACCAUUCUCCUUGUUCCUGUCAUCGCAUAUCGCUUCUAUUAUCUCGACACCCAGCCAACUCUUAGUGACCGCGCUAGACUCAAACAACGCAUGUCCAAGUCCAAGGCUCGUUCUGGAGACAUCGUAAUGCGUCGCCAGUCCACACUGCGUCGCAGCACAAGGUCGUUACGAUCAGGCUAUGCCUUCGCCCACCAGCAAGGUUUUGGUGAGCUCAUCACCAGCGGCUUAAACAUGCGACAACGAGUUGAACAAAGUGAGGCUAGAAAUAAUCCAGUACAGUUAACGAAAGUUAAACGUAUAGACACUUCAAACUCUUCUCAAAAUGGGAACAGUACCUCAGGAGGUUCGCAUGUCAACAACGUGGCAGAGCAUGAGCAUGACAAACAUGUCAUGUUUAGUGAAAAACUUUGAUAAAACAAUCAGAGUCACUUAAAAGCUUUGACAAAACAAUCAGAGUCACUUAAAAGCUUUGUGAAAGAAAAAAAUCUGUGAUUAUAUGAAUUAAUAUCAAGAUUGUAUUAUCUUGUUCUUUGGAUACAAAAUUGUGAAAUGCUAUGAUUGAAAUAUGAUGUUACUAUUUUACACGACUGAGAAUGUGCAAGUUUUGAUCAAGGUAUGCUGAGUAUUUUUUUUAGAAACAAAUAGGAUGUACAAUUGCAAUAUUUUGUAAAUCAUAUUUUACUGUAUUGAUUGUGCAGGUUAUAGUCUAAAAUGUUUUAUUUUUUUUCUCGCUAUUUCUGUGUUCUUUCAAGUAUCGCAAAUCAUCAUUUUAGUUUACAUAACACACAGCAUACUGUCUUGCUUAGGUUUAUUAGGGAAACAUCUUCAAAAUUCUUUAAAUCGGUUUUCCCUACAGAGAUUUUUUUUUGUAUUGUUCAUGUCCCCAACCAUCAGCUUUAUAAAUGGUGUUUGACCUUCCAUCCGUCCACACAGAAACUUUUCCUUUUUGGGGCCAAACUUUCUAACUGAUUAUCAGUAGAAAAUGAAAAGGUCAAAGGUCACUGUUAUAGGACAUCCACCAUUACUUUUGCUUUACCAUCGUGUUUGACAUGAGGCGCUUUAGAAUUUGAAUUAAAAUUAUAUUCUGGCUUUUUUUCCUGAUCAACAUUGUGGUGUUAUCUGAUUAUUUAAUCUCUAACACUGAGCUGGAUUGUUUUACUCCUUUAUAAGAUGAGCUAGCUGACAUGAAAAAAGAGUUUGAUGUCAAAUCAACCGUUAUAUAGUUUUAAACCAGUGAAUAAUUACAUAAAUUUCUGAUGAAUGUGAGAAAAAAUAGUGUUUUACAACUUAUACAUACCGGUACUAUAUUUUUAUGGCAAUAAGUCCAUGCCCUGUAAUAAGCCGAGUGCUACCCUGGACUCUCUGUCGGAUAUAAUCAUGGACAUCUAGUGAUAUUAUGCUGGUAGCUGUGUUCUGGUAACGUGCUGUGUAUUUUUGGUGUCUGUCUUUUCCAUUAAUUUAUACAUUCAGUUUGUACAGAAAUUGUUUUACAAUGCUGAGAAUGGAUGGUGUACAUCUAUAGGCAAUAAAUAUCCAUGUACUGCUUCUCCACCACAGGAGAUAAAGGUGAAACAAUUAUCUCAUUUUCAUUUCUGUAGCAUUAUAGCUUUAUUUAUGAACAAGUUAGUUAGUAACAUUUAUUACUAUUUGCUAAAUGGACAUGGACCAAUUUUGUUUCUUGUAUUGAAAUAUAUGUGAUAUAUAGUAUUCUGCAAAUGGAGUUAACUUUUGCCCAAAAUGAAACAAAUUUGAAAAUUGAUGUUCAACCCUUUCUUUCAUCUUAUCAGUAUUUUAAAAAAGAUGAAAACAUAUGUAUACACUAGACAUACAUUCUGUGUAUUACUUCUUAAAUCUAUCUCAUUGUCUAUGUUUUAACAAUGAAAGUAAGAUCACUUGCUAGAUUUAAAUUGCAGUCAUGUAAUAUGUUCACUGCUGUCAAGGCGCGAGUGAUUUUUAUGAGACAAAUUCUUAAUUAUUUAUAAGAAUGCUGUUAUUGUGUUACUACUCUCACUUCACUAGAUGGUACACGAAGUACUUUAGGUCUGUAGACAUCUCUCACUUCACUAGAUGGUACACGAAGUACUUUAGGUCCGAGACCCCUCUCACUAGAUGGUACACGAAGUACUUUAGGUCCGAGACCCCUCUCACUAGAUGGUACACGAAGUACUUUAGGUCCGAGACCCCUCUCACUAGAUGGUACACAAAGUACUUUAGGUCUGUCGACCCCUCUCACUUCACUAGACGGUACACGAAGUACUUUAGGUCUGUAGACCUCUCUCACUUCACUAGAUGGUACACGAAGUACUUUAGGUCCGUAGACCUCUCUCACUUCACUAGAUGGUACACGAAGUACUUUAGGUCCGUAGACCUCUCUCACUUCACUAGAUGGUACACGAAGUACUUUAGGUCUGUAGACCUCUCUCACUUCACUAGAUGGUACACAAAGUACUUUUGGUCCGUAGACCUCUCUCACUUCACUAGAUGGUACACGAAGUACUUUAGGUCCGUAGACCUCUCUCACUUCACUAGAUGGUACACGAAGUACUUUAGGUCCGUAGACCCUCUCUCACUUCACUAGAUGGUACAUGAAGUACUUUAGGUCCGUCGACCCUUCUCACUUCACUAGAUGGUACACGAAGUACUUUAGGUCCGUAGAGAUUUGUUGAAUAGUGUAACUAUAGAACAGGCACAUAGGUGUAUUUUCAUGAAGAUGUUCACAGUUUGAAGUUGGAUUUCGGAGAUCUUAUAUAGAAUCAUUUAAGUAUUUUAAAGAUUAAUAACUUGACAAUCCCUCGUUAAAGUGAAAUCAACAUACAGUGACGAUCAACAUAGUUCUAAUUGUUUUAUUGGUUGAUCUAUGUAGAUAUAUAGAAAGUAAAUAUUUAUGCUACAUGGAGAUGCAAAAUACUGGGUGGCUCCAAAUUGGAAAUUUCAUCAAAAAUAAAGAUCAGUAAUUAUGUAAAAAAAAAAAAAAAACGACACUUUAAUUAUCUUUUUGUUUUUAUAUUUGCUGAAAUAUUUUUUUCUAAAUAUAAUCUUCCUUUCAAAUUUUUAAUCUAAAAUUUCAAUAAUUUUGAUUUCUUAUCUUGCCUUUUUGUCUCUGAAUUUGAAAUUGAAAAAUAAUAUUUAGAUGUCAUAAUUUGUUAUGCAUUGUUCUAUUUGUUAAAAACUGUUUCUAAAAGUUUGUUGCAACUGUUUUGGCUGAUUGUUAAUUUGUUAUUUUGCCAAAUACUUAGGAUGUCUGUUAUUGUGUAUUAAUGUCCGUGUUAUUUAAUAGUGUCUUUAGAAGGGAUUUAGUUUAAAUGCCUUGUGAGACUUCUCUGCAAUCUUUCUAUCAAUGAAAGCAUAUUUACUGCAUUUAUCUGCAACUAAACCCUCUUUCUCAUUUUUUGAUUCUUAAAAUAGUAAGCGAAAAGUGGUCAAAAGCCUCGAUCGCCAAACCUUAGUACCAAACUCGUACACAAGGGCAGGGGGCUGAUUUAGGAUGAAUACAGUAAACUUUUACAAUAGGGAAGCCUGGGGCUGAUUUAGGAUGAAUACAGUAAACUUUUACACUAGGGAAGGGGCUGAUUUAGGAUGAUAGAUAGGACCAAAUUUAAUACACCUUAAAGAAAUAUAAGUAAAUACAAGUAAAUAGGGACACAGAAUGCACCUUUACCCCAUUAACAGGAAGUCAGCUGUUUGACUUACUCUACCAAUUACAAGUAACGAGGUAUAUGUUAUACUUAAUGCUCGACCUUUGUACUCAAAUUGAUAACCAAUCUUUUUAUUUUGUGUAAAAUGUAAAUGGAAACAAAACAUUCAAUCUUCAUGUUACUAUAUCAAUGUUUUACAUAAAUUCAGACUUUAAUUAUAAAGUAAAAUAGUAUUUCUGAGAUCAAGGACACAGCCAGAUAAUCAACUUGACCUCUACAUUGUUGAAUUACUUUCAUUAUGAGUUGAUGUAUAAAAUGGUGUUCUAUAUAUUAUAUAUAUUAUAUAGAGAAAUCUUUCUGAAUAAAAUUUCCCCAAUUUACCUACGUAUAUGAAAAUAUACCCCCAAAUAUUCCUGUAUGACAGUUCCCCUAGAAUUUACCUGUAUGACAGUUCCCCUAGAAUUUACCUGUAUGACAGUUCCCCUAGAAUUUACCUGUUUGAAAGUUCCCCUAGAAUUUACCUGUCUGAAAGUUCUCCCCAGAAUUUACCUGUAUGAAAGUUCUCCCCAGAAUUUACCUGUAUGAAAGUUCCCCUAGAAUUUACCUGUAUGACAAUUCCCCUAGAAUUUACCUGUAUGACAGUUCCCCUAGAAUUUACCUGUAUGACAAUUCCCCUAGAAUUUACCUGUAUGAAAGUUCUCCCCAGAAUUUACCUGUAUGAAAGUUCUCCCCAGAAUUUACCUGUAUGACAAUUCCCCUAGAAUUUACCUGUAUGACAGUUCCCCUAGAACUUACCUGUAUAACAGCUCCCCUAGAAUUUACCUGUAUGAAAGCUCACCCUGAGAAGCUUACUGGUAUACUACCAAGAAUAUAGUGCUAGUGGUAUAUGUCGAUACCUAAAUCCAAAGACUUCACUUUACACAGAUAUCCUUAAGGUGUAUUUAUUUACGUUUAGCUGGAAAUUUUAUUAAGAGUUAUUUCCCUGAAGCUAAAAAAUGUAUGCAUGUAAAAUAAAUGUUAUUGGGGCUGUUCCUUUAUGAAUAUAUAGGGGUGGAAGGGAUGUACUUAUUGCUAAUAUAUAGGGGUGGCAGGGAUGUCCUUAUUGUUAAUAUACGGGUACCGAGGUCGGGAAUCGCUGAUAAUAUAUGUUUAUUUAUAGCAGCCCAUCCCACCAGUUGGGUAAAGUUGUAGAGGGGUCAAAAAAUGUCUCCCUGCUUCCAACUCCCGAUAUGAUAGAAACAGCCCUUUAUAACAUUUACUGAAUCAAUAUGUAGAUUAUAUAAGCUAAUCUAUAUUAAGUACUGAAGAUAGUGAUAAAAAAGUACAUAAUAUGAUUAGAUCUCAUAACCAAAUAUUUUGUGCAAUCUAAAUUGUAGAUAAGGACAAUGUUAAUAUUGAAGUCGGUUCUGAGACAUGCAUUUAUGUCUGAGUAACUACCCAGGGGUCUAGAUCGAUGACACGAACUCAGACUACCCAGGGGUCUAGAUCGAUGACACGACCUCAGACUUAUGGGCAUUGUUAUGUCUGAGUAACUACCCAGGGGUCUAGAUCGAUGACACGAACUCAGACUACCCAGGGGUCUAGAUCGAUGGCACGAACUCAGACUACCCAGGGGUCUAGAUCGACGACACGAACUCAGGCUACCCAGGGGUCUAGAUCGAUGACACCAACUCAGACUUAUGGGCAUUGUUAUGUCUGAGUAACUACCCAGGGGUCUAGAUCGAUGACACGAACUCAGACUACCCAGGGGUCUAGAUCGAUGGCACGAACUCAGACUACCCAGGGGUCUAGAUCGACGACACGAACUCAGACUACCCAGGGGUCUAGAUCGAUGACACGAACUCAGACUUAUGGGGAUUAUUAUAUGUGUAUAUUGUUUCAUUGUCAUUUCUAAUCAUAUGCUUUUAUUUAAGAUGAUGAAAAGUUUAUUUGCUUAACUCAAGACAAUGGAAUUUUAUUACUUUGAUUAAAAACAUGCAUGUAGGUUUUUUCAAUCCUAAUGACAGAUUCUAUAAAUACCUGGUAGAACGUAAUUUUAAAAUUUACAUGUACAUUUUUUGUAUAAUUAACUUAUUUUUUCUGUCUUUCUUUCUUGGGCAUUAUAAGAUCCAAGUAGAUGUUUAAGAAAAUAAAACUGAGGUACAUUAUAAGUGAUUUAUGACAAGAAGAAGUCAGAGAAAUGGGGUUUUAAAACAAACUAAUUAAAAAUCUCUUUGGAAGUCACUAAUGUUAGACAUUAAAUUUAAAUGAUGCCAUUCUAUAGAAUGUUAAUACUACUGUCGUCUGUUGAUUUCAUUUUACAGUGAUAUGGGCACCAUCAUUUUACAGUGAUGUAUAUGGGCGCCAUCAUUUUACAGUGAUGUAUAUGGGCGCCAUCAAUUUACAGUGAUGUAUAUGGGCGCCAUCAUUUUACAGUGAUGUAUAUGGGCGCCAUCAUUUUACAGUGAUGUAUAUGGGCGCCAUCAUUUUACAGUGAUGUAUAUGGGCGCCAUCAUUUUACAGUGAUGUAUAUGGGCGCCAUCAUUUUCACUGUUACAUUAGGUAGAGUUUGAAGAGUUUUUUUCUCAAAUUUCAUCAAGAUAGAAUUAUCACCUUGUUAAUGAAAUAAUAAAUAAAUUAUGAUUUUUUAUUAGCCAAUUAUUAAAUAAAAUUUUCACCCUUUUCAGUACUUAAUUAACUUUCCCUCAUAGUUAAAGUUAUUGUUUAAAUAUUUCUAUUUCAUGAAACAUAAAUUAUAUUUGUAAUUUUGAACAUGUAUAAAUCUGUUUUCAUUUGAAUUGUGUUCAGGUUAAAACCAACAUAUCGUAGCGCUAUACUGCUACCCAUAUGUACAUAAUGAUUGAAUAACAUUAACAUGUACAAAUGCUCAGAAUUUUUAUUUACAUUGAUUUAAGACUUGAUGACAAAUUAUGAGAAUAUUUUAACUGCGGAGAUUUAUCUAUAUAUAGCUACUGCUGUUUCGGAGGAUAUAUACGCGUAGAAUCCACAUAUUUUUUCCAUUUCAAGGUUAUCAUUCAUUGUACAUAUCUUAUAAUCUUUUAUUUUCUUGGGUCAAAAAUUGUUCGCGUUUUUCAUUUAAAAUGGAAAAAAAUAAUUUGAACAGAUUGAAAUUUCACACUUCAGCUGUCAAAGUAUAUCUUAUCUUCACAGCUAUUGUUUCUGAUGUUGAGUAACAAGCUGUUUAACCAGUGACUGUUAGUGCAGUGUAUCACAACCAAAAACGACCAUUUUGAAGAGAACUUAAGCAUACUCAUAGGGUUCGUACUUCAAUAAAACUAGUGGCUACUGAAGUCAUUAUAAUAUAUAAUCUACUCUGAACAAUAACUUGUCGGAAUUCGAUGAUUGGAGGGGACGGAGUUGGCUAAUGACUGUAAAAUAUCAAUAUAAUCUUAAUCACAUUUCGUGGAUAAUAUUUACCCAUGUCUUAUUAUUUCACCGAUCAAAUUUUGCAAUCAGGUAAGAGGCCUGCGAAAUAGCUAAAAUAUCAUCCCUGUGACAAUAUCGGACUAUAUGGUGUACUGUGAACAUACAUAUUCUAGUGGUUUUCAAGUACUAGUAUGUAGGUGGUACACAAAUUCAUUACAGCGCUAAUCUAUUUAAAUUCAGUGUUGCGCUGAAUUUGCGUACGCCAAAAUAUAGACGUUUAUAGUAGAAAUCUCUUUAUUUAUGAAACAUCAUUAUUUUUGGUCCAAUUCUCACUUAAUCUUUCUAAAGUGUAAAUGUACAAGGUGAUGACCACAGUAUUCAGCUAAUUAUCUGGAAUGGUAGGAGGUUCUCUACCACUGUCACUCUGUACAGACUGAUUUUGAUGUAAGUGUAGUAUUACUGUUGUCUGAGUCAGUUAUUACUUAUGUAAGUGUAUAGAUGUACAACACGCCGGAAUUAAUAUAGACUGGAAAUAUUUGGUUUUAUUAAAUAGCUUGUUUGGGGGUUUUUUUGUACAGAGCAUGUGUAGUUGUCUUUUUCUACAUUUUAAAUGUCUCUACUUAAUGUUCUCUUAACAGAAUCAUUCUGUCACCUAAAAUGUCUUAAUGUUAUUUUAACGAGAUUAAAAAAUCUGAUAGAGUGCAUUAAAAAAUAUGAUCUGUAUAGAAAAAAAAUCAUAAUCUGAUAAAUUUUUUCAUUCUCAGAGGUAUGUAUUAACUGAAAUACAUUGCUGAGGUGAUGGAGAAAUUUGUAGAGUAUGCAAAUGAUAUUUUUUUAAAUGUUGAUCUUUCAUAUUUUAGCAGCGUAUUACUAAAUUGAUUAGUGUAAUGUUUAAUGGAGGGAAAUGUCCAAGGUCAGAAAUCAGGUCACUAGUACAUGUAAGUUGUGGACCAGAUUGAAUUUACUUCGGCAAAAGUGAUAGAAUUCUGGACUUUAUUGUUAAAUAAUUGAAUUCUCCUAAAAUAGCAACAUUUAAGUAACAUUUUGGAUACUAAUCGUCUUAAACACGUUCAGAAUAUUGGAGAUCAACAUUACAUUACAAAUUAUACCGGUACAUGUAUUUAACAUCGUAGCCAAGAAGGAAAUUGGUGAUUUUUUUAUCUCGUUAUUUCUCUUUCAUAAAUGCAAAGUUUUAAUGUUUAAGUUUUUCUUUAAUUCUGAUAUUUAAGAAUUUUGGGGUCAUUUAAUACCCAGAAAUAAUGUGUCUAUGCAUUUGCAGUAUGAUAUGAGCUAUUGACUGCCUUGGCAGUUUUUAUGUGACUGAUAUAUUGGUACAUUGUUUAUUAAAGAAUUAUAUGUAUUAUAUAUACAAGUGGUAUUUGUACAUGUUACAUAUAUAUCUAUGGUCCAAUGAUACUAAAUAUUAUACAUAUUUGAUUAUAGAACGUUUCCUAUGUUGAAAGCAAUAAAUUAUCUAUUUUUACCAUCA